AUGGCGUCAACCACCUCCGCCGCACCUCAAUCCCGGACCAAACUCUCCAAAACGUUCCAAAGAGUCAUCACCUUCAAGAAAUCAACAAAAUCUCUCUCCAACAAUGGCUUCUGCUUGCACCUCCCUAACGACAAGUUCAAAAACUCCGACCGGCAUUUCGACAAACAGUUGGUGGACGAAGCGGAGGUUAGGAACAGAGCCGCCAUGGAUGCGUUUGUUGCCAAGCUUUUCGCCACCGUUUCAUCGUUGAAAGCAGCGUAUGCCGAGCUACAGGCGGCGCAGUUCCCUUACGAUGGAGGAGCUAUACAGUCUGCAGAUCAGGUUGUCGUUGAUGAGCUCAAAUCGCUUUCGGAACUGAAACGAAGCUUCAUGAAGAAACAGAUCGAUGCUUCACCUCCUCAUGUGACUCUGUUGCUAUCCGAGAUCCAAGAACAACAAUCUCUCAUGAAGAUGUACCACAUCACCAUGAGUAAAAUGGAGAAACAAAUCAAAUCGAAGGAUUCAGAGAUCUCGUCGCUCGAGAAUGUGUUAAUGGCGGCCAAUUCCACGAACAAAUCGAUCGAAUCGAGGCUCAGUUCGAGCAGAUGCUUCCCGCUCUUGGACAACAAAAAUCUAUCGGAUCUAACCAUAACAAAUUUCAUCGGAGUAUUAGAUUACGCCUUAAGAUCCAUACAAGACUUCGUGAAGCUGUUGAUUUGUGAUAUGGAAGCUGCAAAUUGGGAUAUCGAUGCUGCUGUAAAAGCAAUCGAGCCGGACGAGAUUUUCCCCAAAUCGAGCUACAAAUGUUUCGCAUUCGAAUCAUACGUCACUCGUGAAAUCUUCGAGGGUUUCAAUGUUCGAUCCGACGAAGACGAAGAAGAUCGUUUCCAGAAUUUCUAUCAAUUCAAGAAGCUAAAAUCGUUAACAACUACACAUCUAUUGAAACAAAACCCUAGAUCACCUUUCGCGAAGUUUACACGCGCCAAGUACAUGCGAUUGGUGCAUCCGAAAAUGGAGUUCUCGUUCUACGGCAAUCUCAGCCAACGGAAAACGUUAAACGCCUGGCAGUUCCCGGAGACGCCGUUCUUCGGCGCGUUUGCGGAGAUGGCGCGGCGCGUGUGGAUUCUACGGUGUCUGGCGUUGUCGUUUCAUGAGGAAGUGAGUGUGUUCCGUGCGACGAAAGGAUGUCGAUUCUCGAAUCUAUAUAUGGAAAGUGUGAUGGAUGAUGAGAUCGGCGAUGAGCUACGGGUGGCCUUUACGGUGGUUCCGGGAUUUAAGAUUGGGAAAAUGGUGGUGCAGAGUCAGGUUUAUGUAUCUCCGGUCCGGCGAUUAUCCCGGCAGAAUGAGGGACCAAGGGGUUUUUGACCGUUGGUCAAUGUACAGCUUCUAGUUGGUUAUACGGAUGGUAUAAUAGUAUCAUACUGAAUGUAUGUAUUUUUUUUCAGUCAACCAAAUAUGAGUAAUAUUAA